AUGGCAUCCUCAUCUACAGGUAUGUAUGUAUCUGUAGAUUUUCAUUACAAUGGAUUCUUUUCGCCAAACCCAUUUGUGUACUUAGACCCCGUAAAAACAAAUGUACGUGAUGUGGAUUUUGGGGUAUUUACGUAUAAAGAGUUUCUUUUGUGGCUUACGAAAUUAACCAAUGGAGCCUGUGAUAAUGUCUACUACUGUAUGAGAAAGGAAAGCUUGUGUGAGGGUAUUAGAAGAAUCGCCUGUGAUGCUGAUUAUUGGGAGUUUGUGGAAACUGUUUAUAGUCUGGAGAGUGAUAGUCUUCAGAGUGAGCUAGAUGUGUACAUUGACCACCGAAAUGAACCAAUUCUUGAUUGGGCUGAUAACGAGUUUAUUAGCAGAUGGUAA